UCAGUCCCUGGGAACAGUUAAACAUGACCCCAGUGCUGAGCAAGGGCACUAAGGGCUGGGUGAGGUCACCUGGCCAGGGUAGCACAGGAAACCUGUGAGGCAUCCAGGACCAAUGUUCCAGUGUCAGCUCUGGGCCAGGUGCUGCAGAGAAGCUCUGGCAGCUGCUUCCCAGCCUCUGUGUUCCCUCAGCUCAGUUCUUGUCAGUAGUUUUAGUGGGGAGUUGGUGUCGUUUCGCAGCAAGGAAGUCUGCUGUGGCUGGGACAUUUGUUGUCCUCUUGGCUUCUCUGAUUUCCUAAGCAGGAGUCCCAAAGCCAGCACAGGAGCACCAAACCCAGAAAGUGAGAAUUCCUGUUGUGCAGUGUUGGUGAGAGAGGUGCAUGGGGGUGGGUCUGGAGCCCAGGCAGGUGAGGGGUGCUGCUGCCUGCUCCAAUGCCCUGCCAAGCUCCUUCCUUGUACUGCCCUCAGCCUCUUGUUUUCCACUGCCACAGGAUGCACUGGCUUUUGGGGAAGGAUCUGGACUGGGAGUUGCACAUCCCUGCUGCCUUCAGGUCCUCCUGGGAUGAGUGUCCCUGUGCUCUGCUCUCCCACACUUUCUCCCUGCUCCAAGUGCAGAGCAAGCCAAGCUGGGCUUUCCCAGAGCCCUGCCCACUGGCUGGGGUGGAUUGGAGGUGCUCAGGGCAAUGAUUUUCUCCCUGGUUCCAUCCUGUGUCCUGGGCACUGCUGUUUUCUUUACAAACCCAGCUUCAGAAGUGUCUUAGCAUUUUCUGGAAGUUCCAAAAACCAGAGCUAUGCCCUGGAAGAACUGGAUCAAAGCAAAGGUCGGUGGUGCUCAGUGACAGCAGACACUUGUGUGGGAGGAAGAAAAGGGCAUGUAAAAUGUGCUCCCGUUCUCCUCAGCCUCCUGUGCUGUCAGCUGGAGCUUUCCUGCCCUGGCAGUGUUUCCAUCAGCCUCAGUGAUUUUUCCUGUAUAUUUGCCUUUCCCAACUACCUGCAGUGUUUUGGAGAUGGAACAGGGCAGGAGCCAUUACAGUUGCUGAACUCCCACCUGCUAGGCAGGAUGUUCUUUGUGUUUUCCAGAGCACUGCUUUUUCCUCUCACUCAGGGCACAAAAAAAGCUCUCUUACCCAACAAGCAUUUGUUUGGGUCAUUCUUCCUCUUUUCCAUGUGGUGUGUGAUAUCCCAGCCCUGCUCCAAAGCAGUGAUUAAUUUUCCUGUGUGAUUUCCAGUGACAAACAUUAUUAUUGUCUAAGUCUGUUAUUGAUUAACUUUGUCACAACCCUGCUGUGACUGAAGAUGGGAGUUUAUCACUUUUACAGGUGGUUGAGGCCAAGCACAAAGAAAAAGAAAUCAAAAGUACCCGGUUGGCACCAGGCUUAGGUACUCAAGUCUCAAUUUCCUCAUGGGAUUUUGAACAUAGGUACUGUGAAAUUAUGGAUUACAUCAUGGAAUUAUGUCCAUGCUAUCCCCACAGCUCUGAGCAUGUGACUCAAGUGUCCAGGAAAUGAGCUCACAGCGAGUCACCACCCAUUAAACAACCCUGCCUGUGGGUUUAAAGACUUGCUUUUGUACAGUUGCCACUUUAGAAAGAGAAGUUUGAAAGAAUAAUUUCUCCCAACACGUUAUCUCAGCACAGGAGCAGGCUUGAGGGGGACCUCAAGGGGAGUCGCCCCAGCAGUGGGGAUGGGUGCUGGAGGAGGAGGCGGCUGGCAGGGACAGGAGGCUGGUCCUGGGCAGGCUCCUGUGGCCACUUCUUGGUCACUUCAGGCAUGUCGAGAGAAGGGAAUGGAGCUGGGGAAGGGGCUGGAGCAGCUGGGAAAGGGGCUGAGCCUGGAGAAAAGGAGGCUCAGGGGGCCCUUCUGGCUCUGCACAAUCCCUGCCAGGAGGGGACAGCCGGGGGGGUCGGGCUCUGCUCCCAGGGAACAGCGACAGGAGGAGAGGGAACGGCCUCAGGCUGGGCCAGGGGAGGCUCAGGAUGGAUAGUGGGAAGAAUUUAUUGAUGGAAAAAGUUGUCAGGCCUUGGCAGGGGCUGUCCAGGGAGGUUUGGAGUCCCCGUCCCUGGAGGUGUCCAAGGAAGGACUGACCGUGGCGCUCAGGGCUCUGGGCGGAGGGGAUCGGGCACAGGUUAACCUCUCAACGACCCUGCCCGGCUUUUCCAGCUUCAGUGACUCUGUGACCCUACACCCGCGGCUCCCUGGGCUGUGACCUCCCGGGCCCGCUGCCCAAGCCCUGCCCGCCUGAGCCCCUC